AUGUUUGGCUGGUUCUCUCAGGAUUCCGCGAGUCAUGCGCAGCUCGAUGAUGAUGUCGAAAGUGCUUUUUCGGAUCUCAACGACCCCACGCCUCAAUCUUCCGAUACAGGCUUAAGCCACCAUGUUCCUCUGACUUACCUACCCACUCUGGCUAUAGAAUCCAGUCGCAGAGACUUGCCGAAUCGCCUGGUCAAAUCUACGUCUAUUCAAUCCAUCACCUGCACAGGAUCUACGAAGGAAGACCAGAAUGCGUUGGUCGAGAAUUGGGCCAGACUACUACAUAUCUAUACUGUAGCUGAGGAUGUUGCUUUUGCAGUCACAGGUCUCGCCACUCCGCGAUUGAUUCUUUCACACUGGCCCUCAACUUCCAGAUCGUUGACACAGGACGAAAAUCCUCGGAUAACAUCAACACCCUUCGACAAUUCCAAACAUCAGGCCAAAGUCAACACCGCUAUUGAUCUAGGAAAGGACUACGCACUGAACCAAGAGUUUGAUUUUGUUCUUCGUUGGUCUGGAGAUCACUUUUCCGACGUCCAACUGUACAUCAACCAUUCCAACGUGCCACAAAAGUUCGCCUCUGCGGUCUGGAGCACUUUCGCAGAGCUCAGCGCUCCUGUCAAAACGACCGACACUCAGCGACGCCUCAAAGCUUCCAUCAGCCGCGCAGAUCGUAGGGCAAUCUCUUCCUGGGUUCCAGAUCCUAUCUAUGAAUCCCAAACAUGCUUGCAUCAACUCUUUCUCGACUCAGUUCACCAAGUUCCCGAAGACAAUGCAGUGGAAGCGUGGGAUGGAUCUCUUACUUAUGCCAAGUUGAACCUCUUCUCUGACAGAGUCGCGAGCCAACUAUUGCAGAAAGGUCUGCGCAGAGGGCAGUACGUUCCGUUCUCUUUCGAGAAAAGCAUGUGGAUGGUCGUUGCGGUACUCGGUAUCCUGAAAGCUGGCGGCGCAAUGGUGCCAAUCGACCCUUCUCAGCCUCAAGCCAGAGUUCAAGAGAUUAUGAACCAGACGAAUGCAAGUCUGGUUGUUGCCUCCGCUUCUCAGUCGGUGGCUUUCGCGCACCUCUUCGACACAGUCGAGGUUUCGUCUCACACACUUCGCAACGAUAGACCCAACAGCGAUCAGACAAACCACACUUUGCCUCAAAUGCGCUCUGGAGAACCUGCUUUGGUGCUUUUCACCUCCGGUUCGACAGGCAAACCGAAGGGAAUUGUUAUUGAACACGGUGCAAUCGCCACUCGGAUGCUUGUCGAAGGUCGGGCCUUUCAUUAUCGGGGUGCUCGAACGCUUCAAUUCGCUGCAACCACAUGGGACAUCUUCAUGACAGAUGUCUUCACGACUCUGACAUAUCAAGGCUGUAUCUGCAUUCCAAACGAGCAAGAUCGAAGACUCAAUCUCUCGCGCUUCUGCAAAGAUUUCAAUGUCACCCUAGCGCUCAUGACCCCAACUCUGGCCUCGAUCCUUGAUCCUGCAGCGUUCCCGACGCUCAAAACGCUAAUUUUCGGCGGAGAAGCUCUUCAACAGGAUGUUGUGAGCAAAUGGUCCUUCCCAAAUGGUCCUAGAAUCUUUCAGGGCUAUGGUCCAGCUGAAACAGGACCUUGUGUCACCGGACGCGUGGCAGAGAGGCCUGAGAUACUUGGAACACCGCUCGAAAAUUCCUUGUGUGUUCUAGUAGACCCCAACAACCACGAGAAGCUUGUCCCGCUUGGUGCGAUUGGAGAACUCGUGGUUGGCGGGCCAAGCUUACUUCGGGAAUACAUUGGUAAUUCCAGUAUAACCAGUCUUGCAACCUUGGACAAUCCAUCCUGGGUACGUGAUCUAGACACAUCGGUAACCCAUUUCUACAGGACCGGCGACCUUCUACGAUACAGUAUCGAUACAAUGGACGGCAGCUUGGAAUUUGUGGGCCGGAAAGACGACCAAGUCAAAUAUCAUGGACAACGUAUCGAACUGAAGGAGAUCGAGCAUCAUCUGAACAAGAUACCCGAAGUCGAGAGCUCCACAGUCAUUCUCGUUCGCAAAGGUUGCUUCAAGGACAAAUUAGUGGCUGUGGUGCAAUGUAUCGGACAUAGAGCUCAACACAACACCUGUGGUACGCCUUCGAUAGUACAAGACUCUGGAUUCAAUUACUCCAAGAUGAGGAGUUCUUUGUCUCCUCGUCUGCCUGAUUACAUGAUCCCAAACGAGUUGAUCGUGGUUAACCGAUUGCCUCACACUAGCUCUAUGAAGCUUGACAAGUCACACAUUACCAACUGGAUUUCCGAUAUGCAAAAGUCACUGGUGGAACGUACUGCGGAGAAGCUUGUCAAUACUAGCAAGUUACUUCCUGACGAGGAGACUGCUAUGGCGAUAGCUGCGGAAUAUGCCCGAAUUGUCGCCGGGGAUCAUGAAUCUCGACGUGUGUCCUUCGAAGGAAAUGAUUUCAACCUACAAUCAGGAGGCAUUGAUUCGAUUCAAAUCAUGUCUCUAUCGUGGUACUUGAGCAGACGCUACGCAGUUCAGAUUCCUAUCGCCGACAUGCUGAGCUCGAAGGCAACAGUGCGCACUUUAGCUUCGACAAUUGAUGCAAAGAGAGGCUCACAAGUCGCUCAAAAACGUUCUACGCCUCUGGGGGUUCUAAACGAGGUCAGCCAGCAGCUGGAUCGUUUGGACCUAGGAGAAAUACCACACUACGAGAACUCUAAGGUGCAAAGAGUCUUCGUCACUGGAUCUUCAGGCUUCCUUGGUAUUGAGAUAUUGAGGCAGCUACUCACACUGUCAGGGUGCCAUGUCUACGCUUUGGUCAGGGGUCCAUCAAGGGAGGGCGCCCGCAAUCGAUUGAUCGCACGCGCCAGAGCUGUUGGCUGGUGGCAGGAAGUAUUUUCGGCUCGACUGGACGUCUGGACCGGUGAUCUCACCAAACCACAAAUUGGACUCACCGAUGGUCAAUGGGCAAUGCUCCAGGCACAAACAACACCUUCAAUUGAUGCGAUCAUCCACAAUGGCGCCAAAGUACACUACAACAUGGACUAUGAAAGCCUCAAGACAACGAACGUGUCUUCGACAGUAGAGCUGCUCAAGGCAGUGAGAUCUCGUCAGCGACCACUGUACAGUUUCGUUUUCGUCUCUGGCGGCCAAGAGCUGAGGUUUGACGAUCAGGAAACCACAAAGGCUGCCAACCAAUCUGGAUACGCGCGCUCAAAAGUUGUGUCUGAGCUCAUCGUCAAGAAGUUCGCAAGGCAGCAAGACUCGAAAGCCCGUCAUGUUCGCGUGAUCAAGCCGGGUUUCAUCAUUGGUGAUUCCAAGCAAGGUCUUGCCAACCAGACAGACUUUCUUUGGAGACUCGUCGCUGCUUCGAUCGAUUUGGGCUACUACAACGAGAGCGACUCCGAGAACUGGCUGUUCGUUGCCGAUGUUGCUCGUGUCUCAACAAGCAUUCUGGAUGGCAUCUUCGAGGACCAUGGCAAGCCAGUAACACAAGUCUUGGACGGCAUCAGAUUCAGAGAUUUGUGGGUUCUGCUCAAAGAUAGAUUUGGGUACGAACUCGAGCCUUUGACUAGUCAAAGAUGGUUGGACAAGCUCCAACAAGCGGUCGCAGAUAAAAGGGAGCAACACGUCAUGUUUCCUUUGAUGUAUAUGCUCGAAGCCAAUGACGCUUUAGUGGGUGUUCGAGGUAGACCACAUGAACCUACAAGUGAUAUGGAUUCUGCACUUCUGGCAAAUGUCGCUCAACUCAUCAAGACAGGCUUUUUGCCACAACCGCCUAUACCGAUACUCUCAACAAACAAUGCUCCACUGGCAGUCGAUGCUUUCGACGUGGAAAGUGUGCGCAAACAGUUUCCAGCUUUACAACAAGGUAUUGUGCCAUUCAACAAUGCUGCUGGAACUGCUUUGCUUCAAAGCGCGAUUGACAGGACGCAAUGGUACAUGUCGUCAAUCCCUAUCGAACUUGGCCGUGAUGAUCCAGAGAGCAUCAAGAAGACAGAAAGGCUUGGGAACAACUACAAAGAACUUGCUGCCUUCAUGAAUGCCGACGCCGAUGAGAUUGCAUUUGGGCAAACCACCACUUUCCUCUUCCGUGCACUUGGCCAAGCACUACGCCCAUUGCUCAACUCUGACUGCGAGAUGGUUGUGUCCAAUCUUUGUCACGAAGCAAGUGCCGCAGCAUGGAUCGCAUUGGCCAAGGACUUGAACAUCGCCAUCAAAUGGUGGGCACCUCCGCCUGGAGACGACCCAUGUCUAUCCCUGGAAACACUCAAGCCGUUGCUGACAGCGAAGACACGCAUUGUGACUUGCAAUCAUGUAUCGAACGUUGUCGGCACUUGCCACCCCAUCCGCCAGGUUGCCGACAUGGUCCAUCAGAUUCCCGGCGCUAUCCUGAUUGUUGAUGGAGUCGCAUGGGCUCCCCACCGACCCAUCGAUGUCAAGGCUCUCGACGUCGACUUCUAUUGCUUCAGCUGGUACAAAGUCUUCGGCCCACAUAUCGCGCAGCUCUACGGCCGACGCAGCACACAAAAGCGAGUGCUCGCUGGCAUCAGCCAUUACUUCCUCAGCGAUAUGCCCGGGCUCGAUUGGAGAUUACGUCUCGGGACGAAUACGUUCGAGCUCGAGGAAGCAUUGGUACCGAUUGCCCACUACCUACAGCACGAAGUGGGAUGUGAGAAGAUCAUCGCCCAGGAAGUCGUGCUGCAGGAGACACUGCUGAACUAUCUCAGGCGCCGACCACAACACUUCCGCAUCUUCGGCGAGAAGUCAUCCGAUCCGGAAAAGCGGGUGUCUGUCAUCACGUUCGAGGUAAUCGGCAGAUCUUGCAACGACGUGACGAACCAAAUCUGCCGAAAGGGACGUUUCAGAGUCGUGUCGGGAAACUGUUGGGCACCCAGGCCGACUCACGACGUUCUGAAGCUUGGCCCAGAUGGUCUCAUACGUGUCAGUUUUGUUCACUACAACACUGUUGCUGAGGUGCACGAAUUCUGCCAGGAGCUUGACUCGAUUGUCAGACCUGUAACGUGA